CUUUUCAAGAUUAUCUCCUCUUUUUCCCUCUACUUCUUCUUGCAAGUUCAUAGAAGAAAAAUGGAAGAAAUUGAUUCUUUAUGGAGUUACCAAGAGACAAUGGAUGAAAUGAAACACAAGCUUCUUUACACAAGCCUGGAACUUGAAAGACUCAAUAUGGAAGCAAGUGAAGAAAAGAGGAAGAACAAUCAAUUAAUCGAACUCAUAAAAUUGGCUUAUCAAGAAAGAGAUGAAGCAAGAGAUCACCUUCACAAACUACUCAACAAAAUCAAUCAAUCUCAAAUCCACAUCGAUAGUCCUCGUGCUACGAAUUUGCCUAAAGCAAAUUCAAGCACGAUUGAAUCAAAUAGCCUUAGUGAUACACACAAUUCAUCCCCGGUUGAGUCCUUUUUGGACGUUGUUUCAUCACCUGAUCUCAUGAACAACAACAUUAUUCCUGUUUCAUGCCAUGUUAUCGGUCAAAAAGUAACAAAUAUUGAUGAUCAAGGUUCGUUGGUUAUUGAUAGACUUGUGAAGGGAAAGACAUUGCCUCAACAAGGCAAGUUGCUUCAAGCUGUGCUCGAAUCGGGGCCACUAUUGCAGACAUUACUUGUAGCUGGUCCGCUUCCUAGAUGGCGUAAUCCGCCUCAAUUUAAACCGUUACAUAUUCCUCCGGUUUCGAUUAAAAGUUGUGAAGGUGGCAUGAUGUUGACGACACAGAAUAGUACUACUCAAAAUUAUAGUCAUUUUGGUUCAUCAUUGAUGAACAAUUCUCAACCUUAUUUUGAGAUGUCUUGUGCAUCAUCACAAAUGUUAUCACCUUAUUUAGGUCCAAAUUGUAACAAUUUUGUCCAUAUAGACAAGAGACAAAGGUUGCAGUGACACAACAUUUUUGU